AUGGACUUACAACAGGAUAUUUUACAAUCGAACGUCAGACAGAGGGAUUCCCUUUCAUCGACACUAUUUAUACUUGCACAGGAAAUAUUUCUUUUGUUGAUAAGGUCAGAUCCAGAUGUUGAAGGAAUACGGUUAGAUACAAAUAUAGAUGUGAAAGGGGUUGCGUUCGCCGACGAUCUUACGUGUUUCUUGCUUAAUAUGGAUUCCGCGUCCAAAGUGUUAACUUUACUGAACAACUUUGAAAGGCUCUCUGGACUAAAAACAUCAUUGGCAACAAGAUUAAAUUAUGCAAAACCAUUGGAAAAUUUGGCAUGCACUUUUAAAUUCUGGAAACAAAGAAAUCUUACUCUCAUUGGAAAAUCUCAAAUUGUUAAAUCACUAGCAAUCUCCAAAAUAAUAUAUCGUAUGCGCAUAACCAAUACACCUGAUACAAUUCUUUCUCAAGUGAAUACACUUUGUUUUAAUUUUUUAUGGGGUGGAAAAGAUAAAAUCGCAAGGAACACGAUGUUGUCGGAUAUAAAGAAUGGAGGUCUUAACAUCCCAGACGUAUUUGUCUUGAAGGAUUCAUUUCGAAUCCAAACAAUUAAGAAAUAUUUGAACCCCACAUUUCAUCACCCAUGGAAAGAUUUCUUCACACAUAGACUACAAUCCGUAGGCGGCUCAUUUCUAUUUAACUGUGACUUCAGCAUCGAAUCGCUUCCUAUCAAUUUAUCUACUUUUCACAAAGAAGCUCUUACAGCAUGGAGCAAACUUCUACACCUGACUGGAGAUAACCCAUCUAGAUUUAUAAUUUGGAACAAUCGUAACAUCUUGGUUGGAAAUAAGUUUUCCCGCCACUUUGCAGACAAAUCUACAGGAUUUCUUCGUAACUUCACCUACUCUGCUUUCAACUUUGCAGAAUUUCCACGUAACUUUACUUUUUUUACCCGCAACUUUGCAGGCUUUCGUCGUAACUUCAAUAAAUUUGCAGGCAACACUAGCAAUAAAGACUUUCCACGGAACAUUAACAAAUUUGCACGUAACUUUGCAAGCUUUGAAGGCAGGCGUUGUCUUUGUCAUUAUUCAACGAGAAUUGUAGUCAUUCCUGUGUUUGGCAAUGAGCACAAUGUUGGACUAGGUGUGAUAGCGGAAAUAUUGGAAAGGAGGGGACACAGUGUCACUAUGUUGCUGCCAUCGACUGACACACUGAUUCACCACUCCCAGAUACCUACAGCACCAUAUAGAAUAAGAAAUAUUACAGUACCUACAAGCCGUGCCUCGGGUUAUGACUCAUAUACUAAUCGAUUAAUCGACAAACUAUUCUCUACAGUGACCUCAGCGGACGUGUGUGACAAGAUGUUUAGCAACUACGAUGAAUGGGGCGACCCACGAAGUGAGCAGCAAUUUGAUCUAGCCAUAGUUGAUAGUUCCGCUCACUGUGGGAUGCUUUUCACCGAAUAUUUUAAGGUUCCAUAUGUGAGUUUUGCAACGACAAAUGCAGAGGAAACGCAAUGGCACGCUCCACUUCCACUAGCAUAUGUUCCGCUGUUCGCAUCGGGCUUUACUGAUAAAAUGACUUUCACUCAGCGUGUUCGCAAUGUUGUUAACUACUGGGUUGGUAAUAUCAUACGGGAGUUUAUAAAGUUUGCACCUUAUCACGAAAUUCAGAGAAAACAUAAUAUAAGCACAGAAUUGAGCGUUCAAGAUAUCCAAUCAAAAGCAAGACUUUGGUUAUGGGCUGCUGACUUUUCUCUUGAGUUUCCUCGACCAUUGAUGCCGCAUGUGAUCCCAAUUGGUGCAUUUUCAGCGGAAAAAGUCAAGCCAUUGUCAAAGGAUCUAGAUAACUGGAUUGAAGGAUCCCAAGAACAUGGCAUUGUAGUAAUUUCCAUGGGGUCGCAAGAUAUGGAUACGAGUAUUACCCGUAUAAUAGCAGAUGCAAUAUCUCGUUUGUCACAACGGGUAGUGUGGAAGUAUAACGGACAUAGACCUGAUAAUUUAGGACAGAAUACAAAGAUAAUGCAAUGGAUUCCUCAAAAUGAUUUAUUAGCACACCCCAAAACUCGUCUCUUUGUGACGCAUGGCGGUUCAACUGGUGUAUACGAAGGUGUAUACCACGCUGUACCCAUGGUAUGUUUACCUCAAGAAGGUCAUCACUUUGAUAGUGCAGCUAAAAUAGUGGACAGAGGCAUAGGACAGGCAAUGCGUCUUCAAACAAUGACGUCACAGAGUUUGUUUAAUAUAAUGGACAAUGUUAUAAUGGACAAAAGCUACAAAAGAAGAGCUCAGAAGUUAUCAGCCAUUUCCCAUGAUAAGCUGAUGACUGCCGAAGAAUCCGUUGUAUACUGGAUAAACUACGUAUUAAAACAUGGUACAGAUCACCUUAUAUCACAAGUACCCAACCUCACGUGGUAUCAAUAUUAUUUACUCGAUAUAGCUGCCUUCUAUUGGUUGUUGUCUUGGUGAUAGGUUACGUCAUUACGAAGAUGUGUUACCUGGUCCACGGAAUGUGCUGCCGAAAAGACCAGAGCAAAAAAUUAAAAAGCGAAUGACACUGAAUUGUCACCAAUAACAAAAGUUGACAUGAGAUGUGAUGAAUAAC